AAAUAUAUAAUUAUAUAAAAGCCAUUAGGCUUCACCAUAGCAAGAAAUGAGCUGAUUUAUUCCUAAGAAUAAUAUCGCCUCAGGUGAUAAGACUUUAUAUUAAGAAAAGAUACAAAGAGAUAAGUAAAGGAAAAUAAUUUUCGCCAAAACAAAAGUUAAUUGCUUUGUUAUGAAAAAUUUGAUAUCGAAAUGCGAUUUAUUCACAAAAGAACUAGAAAGCCUUAAUUAAAUACCGACUAGAGCACCGCAUAAAAUACCUCGGGUAUUACUUAAAGAGAUACUAUAAUUCCUAUAUGCAAUGCUAUACGAUAGUAUCAUCUGAGAUUAGUUUCUUAAAUGGUUGUAUGAUCUCAAUCCUUAAAACAAUUUCAUCUUUUAUUUGUAGUUUUAUCUAUUCUUCUUCGGGAAGAAGUUCUAAGGUUUUCGAGCCCUCUUUUGGUUUUCGAGCCCUUGAAUUUCCUUUACUAACGAGUCCCUUUGCUGAAUUUUUUGUCCAAACCUUGGGAUUUGUCAUUAUUAUUUAUUAAUUUAAUAAUUUAGGGAUAAGAAGACACUCUGAAUUCAACGAGACUUGCAUAAUAUGAUUG